AUGGCGAAGGCAAAAAAUGACACCAAUACCACCCCAAACAAGUUCAUCACCGAACGCGAAGUCAGCGGCGAGCGACGAUCUAUCCGCCACUACAAUGAUGGACGUGUUUCAUCACGCAGGAAUUCCCAAACAUAUCUCUCCAAUUCCCUCUCUCGAAGCACGAGCAGUGCAAGUGUGGACCGAGCGAAGAAAGAUACCUUCCGUAAUCCUUCAGCCAACUCUCGAGCCUCUUCGACUACCCCCUCAGCAGUGGGCAAUGCAGAAGGCCCCGAAACCUCCUCCGUAGUUGAAGCACUCACCAUCCUCGAUCCUAGAUCAGACGCACAGAAAAUUUGCCACCCCUUCGAGACCACCGGAUCAGAGACUGAGACCAUCACAUUACGACAGGUCGGGCGAGCAUCUAGACCAGAUUUGAUGUGCCCCAAAGCUAGUAUUGGUAGUGGGAGUGUCCAUGAUCGUGUAGUAAAUAUUGAGACGAAUCUCAAGAAAUUUGAGAAGACUUUCUUUGGUAGUAUUGCCGAGAAAGAGGAAGAAGAGAAAGAGCAAUAA